UUUUACUAAUAAUUCUGUAUGGGUAUGGGUUGGUUAAAGCUUGCAGCAUUUCUCUAUACGAUGACCUAUGUUUUUUCGUUGGAAAGUCAGAGUCAUUUGAGGAUUUCUAACAAUGGAUAUGAGCUGCUGGUGGUGGGGGUUCAUGACAGCGUUCCAGACAAUCCCGCUACCUUACAAAAACUCAAGACAAUUUUUACAAAGGCAUCCAAAGUACUGUAUACUGCAACAAGAAAGAGAGCAUACUUCAAGAAAAUUUUCUUUAUUCUGCCCAGUUCGUGGGCAAGCCGUCCAGAGUACAAGCCGUCCACCUCGGUUACAUUAACAGGGGCAGAUAUAAUAUUCUCAGCGCCCAGAGGUGCCACAAGAAGAAGUUUUUCUCAUACGAGAUCUUAUGUGGGUUGUGGCCAUCAGGCGUUCCAUACCCAACUGACAACAGAUGUUCUGAAUAGCAAUCAUCCACUUGCACAGUCUUCCCCUGAGAAAUACAUAAUCCACGAGUUUGCCACACUUCGAUAUGGUGUGUUCGAAGAAUAUCCAAAUCCCGGAGAAAACGAAUUUUACUUUUCGACAGCGUAUGGAAGACUAGAUCCGGUUCGAUGCACUGUUGGACUUCGUGGUAUCAUUAAAAGUUCGAAGGGAUACUGUCUUUUCACUUCCAUUGAUCCGGAAACUGGGGAAUUCCCUCCAGGCGCUACAAGACACCGUGCGUUCUUCCGUAAGGUGUUCAUAUUAAUUCCCAGCACCUGGUCCAGUAGUCUGGCGGACCGAGAUUCUACCAGUGUCAACCUGCAGGAAGCUGACAUAAUAUUAUCAAAUCCCUCCGCAGUAACAAAAAGAAGUUAUCGCCGUACCAGAAGCUAUGCAGGGUGUGGACACCCAGGAAUUCAUAUCCAGCUCAGAACGGAUGUUUUAUUGAAUAAUGGUCACCCACUUGUCCAACACAAACCAGAGAAGUUUUUGGUCCAUGAAUUCGCCAAGUAUAGGUAUGGGGUGUUUGAAGAGUAUCCUAACCCGGGGGAGAACCAGUUUUACUUCUCCACCACCUUUGGGAGGGCUGAUCCCGUACGAUGUACCACUGGAUUGAUCGGAAGAAUCGUGAAGAGGACCUCCAGUGGAAUCCAAAUUUGUUCUUAUGACACUGUAGACCCUGUGACAGGGGAAUUCCCGGAGGGCUGUUCUUAUUAUCCGUACCCCUCUCACAACAAAGGCACUGCGUCCAUGAUGGACUACUCGUAUAUCCAAGAGAUACAAGAUUUUUGCGAUGACGACCAUACACCAGGGCAUUUCAGCCACAAUGUGGAGCCACCUAAUCGCCACAACCGACUUUGCAGCCACCGCAGUACGUGGGACGUCAUCAGUAACACACCGGACUUCAAGAGCGCCAAUUCCCCAACAACUCUGUCAGACUCGCAGCUGACCCCACAGUUCAUCAUCUUUAGGGCACCUCAUCGACGGCGGAGACGGUUAGCUGUGGUACUGGAUUCUCCACAGGAGAUUCACAAAAGAAUGAGACUUCACCAAGCAGUCGACCAUUUUCUUCGUGAGGGAUUCAACACAGACACUAGAGUAGCCAUUAUCCAUAAUGAUGCCAACAGUGUGAAACCAAGAAGACUAAGGAGCAGGAGAUCCUCUGUUAUCAAGUCUGUUCUACAAAACAUUGAUCAUUUCUCUCCUUCAUUUUCAAAGACACGAUCUCGGAUACAAAGAGGUGUGCAGUUACUAAGGAAAAGUAAUUUAACCACUUCCGGGAUGGAGCAGCAUCUGAUUUGGAUCACUUGUGACAACCAAUCAAAUGUCGAAGAAAGAGACCUGCAGAAUUUAGCUGAUCUUGAUAUUACUCCUCAUAUCAUUCACUGUGGUGAUGAUGGAAUAAAACAUUUGGAAGAAGUCCGUGUGCGGGAGGAUGAGGUUCCUAUUCGAACAAACGCUUGGGUAAAAGUGUUUCACGAGUAUUCACCACCGCGUAUUGGCGUGUAUGCUGAGGUCAUGUACGGGGGUCACCCAGUAGUGAAUGCGAACGUCACGGCACAUGUGUUCCAAAACAACAGAAAAGUGGUUGUUAUUCCUCUAAGAGAUACCGGUGGUGGUGUUGAUAUUAUGAAAGAGGAUGGCAUUUAUUCCAACUUUUUCACGGAAAUGGACUCUCAUGGAAGCCAUUACGUGGAGGUUGUAAUAGAGGAUGCUUAUAAACAAUCAGAGAUCCACAAAACCUACGAAAUUCAAAUCCCAGGAGAAGAAGGAAUCUCACCAGAUGACCUUGAUAUGUUUCAUGCGCCAAGACUAGAACAUCAGACUGAAAAAGUAAAACUCAAUCAUGGUCUGAAAAGGUCAACGUCAUCGGGACAGUUUGAUAUAGAUCACCGGUGGGAUCUAAAACCUCAGACGGACCAGUAUCCACCUGCCAGAAUCAUUGACUUAACAGUCGAUAAAGUGGAUAGGAAAAAUAGAGUAGUAUACUUGUCUUGGACGUCAACGGGCGAGGAUCUGGAUACUGGACGAGCAUCUUUCUAUGAAAUUCGAUACCAUACCAAUGGUACAGCACUUCUUCACUCCCCUGAGGAUGCGGAGUUAGUGAAGAAGGUGGAUGUUUUAAUGGGGAGUUUGGACAGACCAAGAGAGGCUGGUCAAAUUGAACAUGUAGCUGUACAGUUUCCGCGGACCAUGAAAUGGGUGGCCAUUAUGUUAAGAUCGGUUGAUAAAAGCAUCAAUGUGGGAGACUUCUCAAAUAUGGUAACAACGUUCUUCGAGUUGUGAGUGACUGUUUGAAGG